AUGAUUGUGUAUGGCAAAGCUUGCCAUCUUCCGGUAGAGUUAGAGCAUAGAGCUUUGUGGGCUUUGAAAACUGUUAACCUUGAUCCUACCGAAGCCGCUAGAAGGAGAUUCUUCCAAAUUCAUGAGUUGGAAGCUUUGAGGGAUGCUGCCUAUGAACGAUCUUGGAGUAUCAAGGAGAAAACUAAGGCGUUGCAUGAUAGGAGGUUGCGAGGUUUGAAGGAGUUUAAGGUAGGUGAUAAAGUGCUCCUAUACAAUUCGAGGUUGAAAUUGAUAGCAGGGAAGCUAAAAUCAAGAUGGAGUGGACCGUAUGUAGUUAGGGAGGUGUUUCCAUACGGCACGGUUGAAUUAUACGAUGAAGUCGAAAAAGGAGUAUGGAAAGUUAACUGUCAUCGCUUGAAACAUUACUUGGGAGGUCCCAUUGAUACUACUGAACAGGAAGAAAUUCCUCUCGAGGACCCACCCACCUUCACCGAGCAGUGA